AUGAUACCAAGCUUACCUGUCGAAUCUCCAACCGACGACUCGUUCAAUUUGUUCGCUGCUAUGCUGCGCCAAGAUCAACCACCAGUCGUACAGUCCGCCGAGAUCUGGCCAAACACCAUCAGCCAGGAUGCCCUCUUGCCUUGGAUCGAUGUCUACUUCAAGCGACUACAUCCGACAGUGCCCUUGCUGAGUCGCACAGGCAUCUACCAGGAGAUGCUCCUUCGAACGCAUCAUCACGAUCCUCAUUUUGGUGCCAUGCUCCUUGCGCUUUGUGCUUUUGCAAUGACACAGCCAGUGCAAAUCCACGAAGUCGCGUCCUCACCUUCACGAUCCGUGCAAGCUCGAAUGCUUCUAGAAGAAUCAAUAAAGAUGCGAAUGACUGUGGACUUCGGCGAGAACCCAUCCGUCUACAUGAUCCUGACAAGCUUCUUCAUCUUUGCGUGUCUUUUUGGCAACGACAAACACAAAGCAGCUCACCAUCGCUUGAGAGAGGCUGUAGAUUUAGCAAAUGCUCUCUCAAUGCAUAUGCCCCAAGCGUAUGACAGCCUGGAUGUUGAAACUCGUGAACAGUGGCUGCGGACAUAUUUGGUUCUCUCGGUUACUGAAAGAGCAUACGCGCUUCAAAAGCGGCACACUAUUGGAUUUCGUGGCAGUCCGGCCGUUAACGCCUACUUCAUGCGCACGUUCGGGUCUCCAAAAUCGUCCAUGAAUCAAGAUCAAACAGACACGAUCGGCAUGACUGGCUUACUGUAUCUCAUGGAAACGUUUGAUGCCAUCGAUGAAAGUGUCGUGGAGUGCUGGGCCGGAUAUUGCAGAUAUAGUGAUGGCCGAUGCGAGACUUUCGAUCGGCGACAAGCCAUCCGUAUGUUCCGAGCUCAGCGACGAGCUCGCGAAGGUUGCCUGACUGGAACUUUAUCGUUCGAGCCGACCGCCUCACUCCUACCCUUGCAGCAGUUGCUCGAGAGCCAACAAGCAGAUAUAUCUGUGACCCAAUUCUGGUUGACGAACAGGCUCUGGGAGCUUUGCAUGUCGCACGGCUUGCUCCUCGAAGCUUCCGCCCAUGCAGAACUGCGGUUCGAAUUUGCAUAUCAUGUUGCGAACGAUCUGAUUUCUGUUUGCAAUGUGCUCGACCCGUCGUCGAUGGAAGUACACGGUGUUGGCUUGAUCGAAAAGGUAUACGACAUCACGAUGAGCCUGAUCAAAGCAAUGGGUUCUUCAUCUCAGAUGUCCCUCGAGUCUAGCUUCACCAUACUUGACCCGCUCGUCGAUAGAUCCGCAGAAACUGGCAUCACGGUGCAGGCUCUCCUACAGCGUCUGAGUCAGGUCGUCUACGACUUCCGAGGUGGCGAUCAUGAGUAUGUCUCGAAGAUUGCUUUGGCUUUGAGCAACAUCCCUGGUUAUAGCAGCUCGAUUCAUAACUCGUAUAUACCGGGAUCUUCAGGAUAG